AUGUUUCAACAGCAGGAAGUCACAGAUGUGCCGUUGUCCACCAUCCCAGCUGAGAGCAGCCUCACUAACGGGGAGGUGGAAGAGUUGACCGACGACUCUGUCAUGGAAUCAGUCCCGAAGGACAUGACGAUGGUGGCUGCCGCGAUGUGCCCGGUGGUCGCCGGGGCUGCUGUUGCCAUGGAGAUGACGGAGAUGGCAGUUGGGAUGUCACCGGUGGUCGGGGCGGCUGUGGUGCCCGUCGACCAGGUGAAGGAGAGGCUGGUGGGGGGACACCCGUGCUCCCAGUGCGACCGCGUCUUCAUGUCCAUGCAGGGGCUGAGGUCCCACGAGAGGAGCCACUCAGCCAUGGCCAUGUUCAACAGAGAGGACAAGUACAGCUGCCAGUACUGUCAGUUCGUCUCCCCCUUCAGACACAAGUAAGAGGACAUAAUAUAGACUCAAAGUGAAACUGACUGCGUUUUAACUACUUUGCAGAUGUGAAACAAACAGACAAUCAUAAUAUCAGUCAAAAAUAUCAAAUUCCUAGUUUAUGCUACAAAACUAACUUUAUAAGAGGUUUUACAAAUAGGUUCUAUUUGACUCAGAAUUCCAUGAUGUACAGUAAGGCAUUGUUGGCAGAAUAGAUGGAUGCAGUUCAAUGCAUGAUCAAUAUAAUUCACCAAUAGGAUAGGGUCAAGCGGGCAGGUUGUUGGGCGGCCAGCCGUCACAAGUCGCAACAUUUCAUCUGGAGAGAGAGGGGAGAAAGAAGUCAAAGCAUAGGGUAGGGCAGUGUGAGCAGGACCAGUGGUGUCAUUUGACUUAAUAAAUGAGGAUCGGAUGUCGUCAACCUUCUUUUCAAAAUGGUUGACGAAGUCAUCCACAGAGAGGGAGGAGGGAGGGGGAGGAGGAGGAGGAUUCAGCAGGGAGGAGAAGGUGGCAAAGAGCUUCCUAGGGUUAGAGGCAGAGGCUUGAAAUGUAGAGUGGUAGAAAGUGGCUUUAGCAGCAGAAAUAGAGGAAGAAAAUGUAGAGAGGAGGGAGUGAAAAGAUGACAGGUCCGCAGGGAGUCUAGUUUUCCUCCAUUUCCGCUCGGCUGCCCGGAGCCCUGUUCUGUGAGCUCGCAAUGAGUCGUCAAGCCACGGAGCAGGAGGGGAGGACCGAGCCGGCCGGGAGGAUAGGGGACAUAGAGGAGGGUUGAGGAGGCAGAAUCAGGAGAUCGGAGGGAGAAGGAUUUAACAGAGGGAAGAGAUGAUAGGAUGGAAGAGGAGAGAGUAGCGGGAGAGAGAGAGCGAAGGUUGCGGCGGUACAUUACCAUCUGAGUAGGGGCAGAGUGAUUAGUGUUGGAGGAGAGCGAGAGAGAAAAGGAUACAAAGUAGUGGUCGGAGACUUGGAGGGGAGUUGCAGUGAGAUUAAUAGAAGAACAGCAUCUAGUAAAGAUGAGGUCAAGCGUAUUGCCUGCCUUGUGAGUAGGGGGGGACGGUGAGAGGGUGAGGUCAAAAGGGGAAAGGAGUGGAAAGAAGGAGGCAGAGAGAAAUUAGUCAAAGGCAGACGUAGGGAGGUUAAAGUCACCCAGAACUGUGAGGGGUGAGCCAUCCUCAGGAAAGGAACUUAUCAAGGCGUCAAGCUCAUUGAUGAACUCUCCAAGGGAACCUGGAGGGCGAUAAAUGAUAAGGAUGUUAAGCUUGAAUGGGCUAGUGACUGUGACAGAAUGGAAUUCAAAUGAGGAGAUAGACAGAUGGAUCAGGGGGAAAAGAGAGAAUGUCCACUUGGGAGAGAUGAGGAUUCCUGUGCCACCGCCGCGCUGACCAGAUGCUCUCGGGGUAUGCGAGAACACAUGAUCAGACGAGGAAAGCAGUAAGAGUAGCAGUGUUUUCUGUGGUAAUCCAUGUUUCCGUCAGCGCCAAGAAGUCGAGAGACUGGAGGGUAUGCAUAGGCUGAGAUGAACUCUGCCUUUUUGGCCGCAGAACGGCAGUUCCAGAGGCUGCCGGAGACCUGGAACUCCACGUGGGUCGUGCGCGCAGGGACCACCAGAUUAGAGUGGCAGCAGCCACGCGGUGUGAAGCGUUUGUAUGGCCUGUGCAGAGAGGAGAGAACAGGGAUAGACAGACACAUAGUUGACAGGCUACAGAAAAGGCUACAAUAAUGCAAAAGAGAUCAGAAUAAAAUUAACUAAACAUCUGGGGAGAAGAGAGAGCGGGGCCUCCCUCACUUACCUUUCACUGAAACACUCAAAUAUAACUCUUCCAACUUCCACUUUUAGAAAUUAUAAUUGUUGUAAACUACAGCGGUUCAAUGUUUUCUAGGAAUAGACUCUAACUUAGUUUAUUCAGCUAGCUAAAUUGGUACAGUAUUCUUCCGUGAAAACCACCUAGGGCACCGUAUCCUAUGACGCCAUAGCUAACUAGCAUGCUAGCAUCCAAUAACACACGGUUUAGCACCAAUAAUUGGUUACAACAAACUACCAAUAGUGUGUUAACACACUAAACAGAUCAUUCGUGUCCGUGUCUAGUUCCUUUCAUAACGCAGAAAUAAUUAAACGUUGGCUAGCUAGCACAAAGUCAGUCAUGCUAGCUACACAAGUGGACUACACAUCUCGAAUGUUCAGAAAGUGAAGCUUUACGUUGCAAAAUUCUCAUUGACUAAAAUGAUAUUGUAUUUACUUGCUACAGUACUGCUAGCUGGUAGUGUUGGCUAGCUAGCAAUGGCUGCGGUGUUGACUUUGUUUGAAAAACGGCGUCGCUGCGAACGAAUGUAGCUGGCUAAAAUGAUAUUGUAUUUAGUUGCCACAGUACUGCUAGCUGGUAGUGUUGGCUAGCUAGCAAUGGCUGCGAUGUUGACUUUGUUUGAAAAACGGCGUCGCUGCGAACGAAUGUAGCUGGCUAGCUAACCUCAAUAGUUUCUCUAUACUACACCUUUAUCUUUGAUACAAAGUAUCUAUGUAGCUAGCUAACAUUACACUAAUCAAAUCGUUCCAUUGUAAUGUGUGUCAUAUUACCUGCGGAGCGAAGUACAGCAUGACUACUCACUCCAACGCCUUCAAUGGGAUUACCUACUCUGCGUCUCACAAAGACACAGCGGUUUUAACCAAAAAUCUCCACCGGUCUAAUGUCCAUUGUUCGUGUUUCUUGGCCCAAGCAAGUCUAUUCUUCUUAUUGGUGUCCUUUAGUAGUGUUUUCUUUGCAGCAAUUAUACCAUGAAGGCCUGAUUCAUGCAGUCUCUUCUGAACAGUUGAUGUUGAGAUGUGUCUGUUACUUUAACUCUGUGAAGCAUUUAUUUGGGCUUCAAUCUGAGGUGCAGUUAAUUGAACAGAGGUAACUCUGGGUCUUCCUUUCCUGUGGCGGUCCUCAUGAGAGCCAGUUUCAUCAUAGCAUGUGAUGGUUUUUGCGACUGCACUUGAAGAAACUUUCAAAGUUCUUGAAAUGUUCCGUAUUGACUGACCUUCAUGUCUUAAAGUAAUGAUGGACGGUCGUUUCUCUUUGCUUAUUUGAGCUGUUCUUACCAUAAUAUGGACUUGGUCUUUUACCAAAUAGGGCUAUCUUCUGUAUACCACCCCUACCUUGUCACAACACAACUGAUAGCAUUAAGAAGGACAAAAAUUCCACAAAUUAACUUUCAACAAGGCACACCUGUUAAUUGAAAUGCAUUCCAGGUGACUACCUCAUGAAACUGGUUGAGAGAAUGCCAAGAGUGUGCAAAGCGGUCAUCAAGGCAAAGGGUGGCUACUUUGAAGAAUCUCAAAUAUAAAAUAUAUUUUGAUUUGUUUAACAGUUUUAUGGUUACUACAUGAUUCCAUAUGUGUUAUUUCAUAUGGAGAAAAUAUGCAGAAAAUAGUAAGAAUAAAGAAAAACCCUUGAAUUAGUAGGUGUGUCCAAACUUUUGACUGGUACUGUGUACACUACCAUUCAAAAGUUUGGGGUCAUUUAGAAAUGCCCUUGUUUUCGCAAGAAAAGCAAUUUUUUUGUACAUUAAAAUAACAUCAAAUUGAUCAGAAAUACAGUGUAGACAUUGUUAAUGUUGUAAAUGGCUAUUGUAGCUGGAAACGGCUGAUUUUUUAUGGAAUAUCUACGUAGGCGUACAGAGGCCCAUUAUCAGCAACCGUCAGUCCUGUGUUCCAAUGGCACGUUGUGUUUGCUAAUCCAAGUAUAUCAUUUCAAAAGGCUAAUUGAUCAUUAGAAAACCCUUUUGCAAUUAUGUUAGCACAGCUGAAAACGUUUGUGCUGAUUAAAGAAGCAAUAAAACUGGCCUUCUUGAGACUAGUUGAGUAUCUGGAGCAUCAGCAAUUGUGGGUCGAUUACAGGCUCAAAAUGUCUAGAAACAAAUAACUUUCUUCUGAAACUCGUCAGUCUAUUCUUGUUCUGAGAAAUGAAGGCUAUUCCAUGCGAGAAAUUGCUAAGAAACUGAAGAUGUCGUACAAUGCUGUGUACUACUCCCUUCACAGAACAGCGCAAACUGUUUCUAACCAGAAUAGAAAGAGGAGUGGGAGGCCCCGGUGCACAACUGAGCAAGAGGACAAAUACAUUAGAGUGUCUAGUUUGAGAAACAGACGCCUCACAGGUCCUCAACUGGCAGCUUCAUUAAAUAGUACCCGCAAAACACCAGUCUCAACGUCAACAGUGAAGAGGCGACUCCGGGAUGCUGACCUUCUAGGCAGAGUUGCAAAGAAAAAGCCAUAUCUCAGACUGGCUAAUAAAAAGAAAAGAUUAAGUCUGGGCAGUCUGAGAAAUGGCUUUUUCUUUCCAACUCGUAAUGCCAGGCUAGUGGGUUUUAUUCCCGGGACCACCCAUAUGUAAAAUGUAUGCACGCAUGACUGUAAGUCGCUUUGGAUAACAUAUUCUGCUAAAUGGCAUAUAUUAUAUUACACUGAGUGUACAAAACAUUUGGAACACCUGCUCUUUCCAUGACAUAGACUGACCAGGUGAAUCCAGGUGAAAGCUAUGAUCCCUUAUUGAUGUCACCUGUUAAAUCCACUUCAAUCAGUGUAGAUGAAGGCAAGGAGACAGGUUAAAGAAGGAUUUUUAAGCCUUGAGACAUGGAUUGUAUAUGUGUGCCAUUCAGAGGGUAAAUAGGCAAGACAAAAUAUUUAAGUGCCUUUGAACGGGGUAUGGUAGUAGGUGCUAGCGCACUGCUUUGAUUGUGUCAAGAACUGCAACACUGCUGGGUUUUUCACUCUCAACAGUUCCCCGUGUGUAUCAAGAAUGGUCCACCACCCAAAGGACAUCCAGCCAACGGCAGGCCAGUGGUCAAAAACGGGUCAUUGAUGAAAGAGGACUAAUGAAGCUGACACGAAUUGUGCAGAGCAACAGACUGGCUACAGUUAGUCAACUGACUGUCCAGUACAACAUUGGUGCCCAAAGACCCAUAAAAGAAUGCACAACUCGUCGUACCUUGACACGAAUGUGGUAUGGCAGCUGAUGACCUUACAGUGGCACUUCUUUCAGCAAAAAACAAGAAACUGUGGUUGCAGUGGGCUAAGGAACGAAAACACUGGACACUGGAGAAUUGGGAAAACAUUGCCUGGUCUGAUGAAUCCCGGUUCCUGCUGUUCCAUGCUGAUGGGAGGACUAGGGUAUGGAGAAAACCACAUGAGUACAUGCAUCCAUUAUGCUGCAUGUCAACAUUGCAGGCUGGUGGUGGUGGUGUGAUUGUGUCAGGUGUGUUUUCAAGGCAAGUGGAGCAACAUUUGAAUGUCACAGGAUAUCUGAACAUCAUUGCCAAUCAGGUGCAGCCCUUCAUGGCAGCAGUGCAAAUAGAUUUUUUUUCAGCAGGAUAAUGCCCCAUGCCACAAGGCUAGGAUUGUCCAGAAAUGGUUCCAGAAACAUGACAGUGAAUUCAUCUUACUGUGGUGGCCUGCCCAGUCACCUGGAACGAGCUAUUUGGAGUAGAGAUCCACUACCAGCCAACUUGACACAACUGUGGGAAGCAUUGGAGUCAAAAUGGCCCAGCAUCCCUCUGGAACGCUUUCAACACCUUGUAGAGUCCACGCCCCAACAAAUUGAGGCUGUUCUCAGGACAAAAAGGGUGCAACUCAAUAUUAGGUUCCUAAUGUUUUGUACACUCUGUGUAUAUAUUAUAGUGUCCUCUAAUGUCUUGGUGUGCGUGGCUCUGUUCUGUGUAGUGUUUACUCUAUUACAUCUGUCAUCUGAGCUGUGCUUUAUAUCGAACAUACACUCUGGAAGGAAUGUAGCCUAAGUGCCAGUCUGUUUGUGAUUGACAAUGACGGAGCAAUGGGGUAGAAAAGAGCACAAAGAGAUCUGGCACCAGGCUAGAUGGAAUGCACAUUUCCUCCAAAACUCACUCCAGUCCAAUCUAGUGAGACAGUGCAGACAUGGCAGACAUUUUGGUAGUGUCAUUUUUCUUCUUAUCCAAAGCUGAAAGACCUCAUCUCAGCUCCCUUGUGUAAUCCCACUGUACUGCUGACCCAGAAAGUAAAUGUGUUCCUAUGCCACCCAAGAGGCUGGGAUGAAAACACAUUCAUAUUCCCCAGAUACCUUCUAUGUGGUUUGCAGUCAGACACACAGAGAUGCACUAGGGAUACUGGGACCAUGGUAGAUGGUUUUCCCUUAUGGCCUCUCAAUAGUAAUUGGAAAUUAUCUGCUAGUUGUGGUUCAGAAAAUCAAGUUAGGUGCAAACAGAUUCCAUCUGCUCCCUUGGAAGUAUUCUGUUGUGAUGUGUUGAGCAAACAUUUUGUCUCAAGGGCCACAUCAGGAUUUCGAGCACCACACAGAUCUUUUUUAAUCGGUUUGUUUGUCAAAAUCAAUUUGCGGUUCAGGAAAAGGGCAGUUAUUUGAAAAGUCUGUUAUAAUUUCUACAUACUUUCUAUCUAGUUAUAGACGUUCAAGAGUUAUUUGUUAAAAAUGUUUUAUCAAACCUCCCGUGGGCUGGAUUGAAUGGGCCAUAGUUUGCCCACCCCUGGUGUAGACGUUUCUUUCUCUAUAUCUCUCUUUCUCUCCAUCUCUGAACCCCCCCCCCCCCCCCCCCCCUCUGUCUCCCUCUGUCUCCCUCCCUGUCUACCCCUCCUCUCAUUCACUCUCUCCCCUCUUUGUCUGUGUCUCUCUCCUCAGUCUGGACAGACAUGUGCAGUCUCACCACAGGCACAACAAGCCGUUCAGAUGCAAGCUCUGUCCCUUUAAGUCUGCUUACCUGAGCCGAUUGAAGAGUCAUCUGCACAAAGCACACGCAGGUAAAAACCACACACCUCACUGCUCUGUGCUCACCACGACUUCACGAGUGGUCAGUGUUUGUUAUGGUGCAAAACUUCUACUUACAGUGCCUUCCAAAUAUUCACACCCGUUGACUUUUUCCACAUUUUAAUGUUUUACAGCCUGAAUUUAAAAUGGAUUCAAUUUAGAUUUUGUGUCACUGGCCUACACACAAUACCCCAUAAUGUCAAAGUAGAAUUAUGUUUUUAGAAAUUUUUACAAAUUAAUAAAAAAUUAAAAGCUGAAAUGUCUUGAGUCAAUAAGUAUUCAACCCCUUUGUUAUGGGCAGUGGUGGAAAAAGUACCCAAUUGUCAUACUUGAGUAAAAGUAAAGAUAAGUUAAUAGAAAAUGACUCAAGUAAAAGUGAAAGUCACCCAGUAAAAUACUACUUGAGUAAAAGUCUAAAAGUAUUUGGUUUUAAAUAUACUUAAGUAUCAAAAGUAAAUGUAAUUGAUAAAAUGUACUUGAGUAUCAAAAGUAAAAGUAAAAGUAUAAAUCAUUUCAAAUUCCUUAUAUUAAGCACACCAGAUGGCACCAUUUUCUUGUUUGUUUUUUUAAUUUAUGGAUAGCCGGGGGCACACUCCAACACUCAGACAUAAUUUACAAACAAAGCGUUUGUGUUUAGUGAGUCCGCCAGAUCAGAGGCAGUAGAUGACCAGGGAUGUUCUCUUGAUAAGUGCGUGAAUUGGACCAUUUUCCUGUCCUGCUAAGCAUUCAAAAUGUAACGAGUACUUUUAGGUGUCUGGGAAAAUGUAUGGAGUAAAAAGUACAUUAUUUUCUUUAGGAAUGUAGUGAAGUAAAGGUAAAAGCUGUCAAAAAUAAAAAUAGUAAAGUAAAGUACAGAUACCAACAACAAAAAAAUACUUAAGUAUUACUUGAAAGUAUUUUUACCUAAGUACUUUACUCCACUGGUUAUGGGAAGCCUAAUAAGUUCAGGAGUAAAAAUUUGCUUAACAAGUCACAUAAGUUGCAUCGAUUCACUCUGUGUGCAGUAAUAGUAUGUAGAAUGAUUUUUGAAUGACUACCUCAUCUCUGUACCCCACACAUAUAAUUAUAUGUAAGGUCCCUCAGUCAAGCAGUGAAUUUCAAACACAGAUUCAACCAUAAAGACCAGGGAGGUUUUCCAAUGCCUCACAAAGAAGGGCACCUAUUGGUAGAUGGGUAAAAAUAUAAAAGAAGACAUUGAAUAUCCCUUUGAGCAUGGUGAAGUUAUUAAUUACACUUUGGAUGGUGUAUCAAUACACCCAGUCACUACAAAGAUACAGGCGUCCUUCCUAACUCAGUUGCCGGAGAAGAAGGAAACCGCUCAGGGAUUUCACCAUGAGACCAAUGGUGACUUUAAAACGGUUACAGAGUUUAAUGGCUGUGAUAGGAGAAAACUGAGGAUGGAUCAACAACAUUGUAGUUACUCCACAAUACUAACCUAAUUGACAGAGUGAAAAAUAGGAAGGCGGUACAGAAUAAAAAUAUUCCAAAACAUGUAUCCUGUUUGCAAUAAGGCGCUAAAGUAAAACUGCAAAGAAAUUAACUUUAUGUCCUGAAUACAAAGUGUUAUGUUUGGGGCAAAUCCAACACGUCACUUAGUACCACUCUUCAUAUUUUCAAGCAUGGUGGUGGCUGCAUCAUGUUAUGGGUAUGCUUGUCAUCGGCAAGGACUAGGGAGUUUUUUUAAUAAAAAGAAACGGAGGAAAUCCUGGUUCAGUCUGCUUUCCAACAGACACUGGGAGACAAGUUCACCUUUCAGCAGGAUAAUAACCUUAAACACAAGGCCAAAUAUACAUUGGAGUUGCUUACCAAUACAACGUUGGAAUGUUCCUGAGUUUUGACUUAAAUCGGCUUGAAAAUCUAUGGCAAGACUUGAAAAUGGCUGUCUAGCAAUGAUCAACAACCAACUUGACAGAGUGGGAAGAAUUUCUUAAAGAAUAAUGUGCAAAUAUUGUAUAAUCCAGGUGUGCAAAGCUCUUAGAGACUUACCCAGAAAUAAUCACAGCUGUAAUCAAUUGCUACCAAAGGUGAUUCUAACAUGUAUUGACUCAGGGGGUUUACUACUUAUGUAAUCAAGAUAUAUAUACAGUGCUAUGAAAAAGUAUUUGCCCCCUUUCUAAUUUUCUCUACUUUUGCAUAUUUGUGAUAAUGAAUGUUAUCAGAUCUUCAAUCAACACCUAAUAUUAGAUAAAGGGAACAUAAGUGAACAAAUAACACAACAAUUACAUAUUUAUUUCAUAAACAAAGUUAUGCAACACCCAAUUCCCCUGUGUGAAAAAGUAAUUGCCCCCUUACACUCAAUAACUGGUUGUGCCACCUUUAGCUGCAAUGACUCCAACCAAAUGCUUCCUGUAGUUGUUGAUCAGUCUCUCACAUCGCUGUGGAGGAAUUUUGGCCCACUCUUCCAUGCAGAACUGCUUUAAUUCAGUGACGUGUGGGUUUUCAAGCAUUAACUACUCGUUUCAAGUCCUGCCACAACAUCUCAAUUGGGAUUAGGUCUGGAUUUUGACUAGGCCAUUCCAAAACUUCCAAUUUAAUGCUUUUUAGCAAUUUUCAUGUAGACUUGAUUGUGUGUUUUGGAUCAUUGUCUUGCUGCAUGACCCAGCUGCGCUUCAGCUCACAGACGGAUGGUCUGACAUUCUCCUGUAGAAUUCUCUGAUACAGAGCAGAAUUCAUGGUUCCUUUUAUUAAGGCAAGUCGUCCAGGUCCUGAGGCAGCAAAGCAUCCCCAAACCAUCACACCACCACCACCAUGCUUGACCUUUGGUAUGAUGUUCUUACUGUGGAAUGCAGAGUUUGGUUUUCGCCAGGCAUUAUUGGAACCAAGAAGUUAUACUUUUGAAUCAUCUGUCCAUAGAACGUUCUUGAUGAUCAUCCAGGUGCUUUUUGGCAAACUUUAGUCAACUUUUUGGACGAGAUGGGUCCCAUUAUGCCUGGCAAAAACCAAACACUGCAUUCCACAGUAAGAACAUCAUACCAAAGGUCAAGCAUGGUGGUGGUGGUGGUGUGAUGGUUUGGGGAUGCUUUGCUGCCUCAGGACCUGGACGACUUGCCUUAAUAAAAGGAAGCAUGAAUCCUGCUUUGUAUCAGAGAAUUCUACAGGAGAAUGUCAGACCAUCCGUCUGUGAGCUGAAGCUGAAGCGCAGCUGGGUCAUGCAGCAAGACAAUGAUACAAAACACACAAUCAAGUCUACAUGAAAAUUGCUAAAAAGCAACAAAUUGGAAGUUUUGGAAUGGCCUAGUCAAAGUCCAGACAUAAUCCCAAUUGAGAUGUUGUGGCAGGACUUGAAACAAGCAGUUCAUGCUUGAAAACCCACACGUCACUGAGUUAAAGCAGUUCUGCAUGGAAGAGUGGGCCAAAAUUCCUCCACAGCGACGUGAGAGACUGAUCAACAACUACAGGAAGCAUUUGGUUGGAGUCAUUGCAGCUAAAGGUGGCACAACCAGUUAUUGAGUGUAAGGGGGCAAUUACUUUUUCACACAGGGGAAUUGGGUGUUGCAUAACUUUGUUUAUGAAAUAAAUAUGUAAUUGUUGUGUUAUUUGUUCACUGAUGUUCCCUUUAUCUAAUAUUAGGUUUUAGUUGAAGAUCUGAUAACAUUCAGUAUCACAAAUAUGCAAAGUAGAGAAAAUUAGAAAGGGGGCAGAUACUUUUUCAUAGCACUGUAUUUAUUUUUCAUAAAUGUUUUUAAAAAUUUCUAAAUGUUCUUCCACUUUGACAUUACAGAGCAUUUUGUGUAGAUCGUUGACAAAAAAAUAUAAUUAAAUCCUUUUAAUCCCACCUUGUAACACAACAAAAUGUGGAAAAAGUCAAGGGGUGUGAAUACUUUCUGAAGGCACUGUAAGUAUAAUUUUUACUUGGUCAUGCAUUGAUGUCAAUGGGAGACUAAGUCAAAAUCGAUUUAAGGGGAAGUUACGAUUCAUCCUUUGUACUUUAACAGGGUGGGUUAUUAGCCUGCUGGUCCAAGAUCUGUUCAUGCUGCCAAACAUGACCAAAUACGAGUUGGCUAAACAGCACAAACUGAUCUGGAAACAGACUAGUGGGUUAUUGUCCACAGCUGUGUAUUGGGCUGUGGGCUAGUCUGAAUGUCUGGCUUUACCACAGCUGUUUGAGGAUCUUAAAUCAACACUAAUAUCAUAAUUCCCUUAGGAUGUCCCCUAUGGGAAUAUCUUAAACUGAGUCUGUCAUUGAGUGCAUUGAAUAUCUUUGGUUGAGUCCAAAAUGGUCAAAAGUAGUGCACUAUAUAGGGUAAAGGGUGCCAUUGCAGACGCAGCCUGUAUAUUUGCUCUGUGUUCGAUGUUAUGUUUCUUUCAUUAGAUAUUUUGUAUUUUCUCAAAGGAUUCUAUAGUCUACAGAAAUUGAUUCCACAGAUGCAGCCAGUGAACCAACGCCAGAGUAGAGGAAUAGAUAGUCAAUCAUCACAAAUGACAAUGAGAGUAGAAAGACUAGUCAUGAAUGUUGUCUCAGUUAUGAUAGGAAAAUAACACAGAAAGAUGAGUCAACAACAAUCAACAGUUGAUUCAGAUUAUCGACUCCGAACCAGAGCCAUUUAGAAUUUGAUUACAUUUCGAAAGUGUUCUGACAUGGUCUGUUGGUGGUGGUGUCGAAACACCAUGUUUUCUGCUUCUGUUGUAUAUUGUAUCAAUCUCACAAUCAGCCAGCCACUUAUUUGCCUGUGGGUUUUGAUUGCUGCCUUGGUAAUGUAUCAUGUAUAUGCUGUGGAAUCCAUACACACUGGGCACAAACUGGUUGAAUCAACGUUGUUUCAACGUAAUUUGUCAACUCAUUGUGACGUGGAAUCUAUGUGGAAAAUACAUUGGAUUUGCAAAAAAUCAUAAAAACUGUUGUUUUGAGUGUAAAAUUUCAACCACAGGAUUAUGUCAUCAUGGUAACCAAUUUUCAACAUAGAUGAACCUUGUAUUAAAUAUGUUGAAUUUGUACAUUUGAAACAACGUCAGAUUUUCAAUGUUAUAUCCACUAUCAGAAAGAAAAAGACAAUAAGCUGGGCCGCACCUCCUACUGGAGAGUUGAUCUAUCUACAGCUAUUCAUUUAGUCUCCCAUCCAGGGUUUAAACCAAGUCCAGCUUAGCUUUGAUAUUUUUAAUUGACUACUACCAAUGUGCUAUCAUGAGAAUUAUUAUGUAACAAAUGUAUCAUUUGUACAGUUUUUUAUAAAAAAUGUAGUUAUUUGUUACAUUUGACUGUGUAAAACCUAGCAGUACUACUUAGUUCUCUGAGAGUGAGGCAGAUGUAUAGCAUUUUGAAAAAAAAACAUGAUUAUUUGUCUCUCUGAAAUGAAACCAUCAAGUGAUAGAUUUUAAAGAAAUACAUUAGAUAGUGAAAAAACACACCAAUUAUUUAUUUAAACAGUAAAUGGUAAUUUACCAUCAUUUCUAAAAAUGGAUAUACAGCGUUUUGGAAUGAAACUCUUUAUUUAUUAAACCUUAAAACAAGUAACACAUCAAUGGCCACAUUUUGAGGUUACAGUAACUAUAAAUGUCUGCUUAUGCAAUCAUAGAAAGCGUGCAUGUUCAAGAUAGCAUGCUAAAGUCGCAGGUCUGUGGAGAUCUUCACAUUCUCAAAUACAAUCCAGGUCAUUUUGGUUGUGCUAUUAAAAGAAGUACAGUGAAGAUGUAUAAAUACAGAAUAUCUGACACUGUAUUCCCAUUUGAACCUUGGGCCAGAAUCUAUCAGAUCCGUGCUAGCCGACACCCGCAUAUCGGUUAUUUUGGCGGUGUCUGAGGUGGACCUGCGUUAGACCUGUCAAAUCUACAAGGGCUUUCGGCAUUAUACCUAAAGCGGACAUUGGCAUUGGCUGCACAAAGUCGCAUUAAGAGAAAUCACUGGAAGUUCAAACACUGGAAUUUGAGAUGUAAUCUACACCUCGAUUAGGCUGAUAGAAAUCCUCAUUAUUUUGUUUAAUGAUUUUAAAUUUGAAUGUCAUUAUUUCUAUAUAGCCUACACUUUCUCGUUCUAAACUUCUAACACAAGUGGGACAGGUGUGGCUUCGUGAUAAUGACCACACGAGCAGCCGCUCUGAUAUGACAGCUCUACCUCAGACACCGCCAAAGCACCAGCUAUGCUUAAUCUGAUCUAGGCCUUUGUUGUGCUUUUAAAUGGUUGAAAGCGCAGUAAUAACACGUUUAAGACAACUAAACCAAAAAUCAAACAUUGUUUUUUUUAUUGGAAUUUGGUUGUUCUUUUAGAUGGUUGAAAGCAUAGGGAUAACACAUUGGGAAUUCAACAAACUACUUGCUGUCCUUUUGAGUGGGUGAAUAAAGGUUGAAAUCUCAUUGAUCAACAUCUCAACCAAAUAUUACCAAAAUGUCCACGUUGAAAUGACGUGGUGUGCCCAGUGGGUAGCUUGUGGCAUGUGAUUGGUUCUCUCGAUAAGGUGCAAAAGUCAUUCAAGGGUAGAUUAGCAGAAAAUUAGUGUAAACACCCCUCUUUUCAGAUCUGUCGGCAGGCACUGGCUCUGUCUAUCUGGCUGAAAGCUUUUGGCCUUACAAUAUAGUAUCAAGCCAAUCGAUUUGCCCUUGAAUGGACUCGGGGUGGUCAUCAUAAAAAGUGUAAAAAAUAGAAAAUUGGGGACAGAGGCAGAUUUUUGUGUCUUGUGCUACUCAAAGUCUGAACACUGACUGACAUGCUCAACUCUAUACUAAGUUGGAUAAAGCAACUCUCAAAAUAGUUUCUUUCUGACCAAAGUUUCUGAUCCUUUGCCAAAGAGAGAUAGUCCUUUCUUUUGCACUAUCAGUCUUUUCUUUUUAGUUGGUUUGAACUGUGACUUGGGCUUUAAUGAAAUUAUAUUAAGUGCUCAUAACAUAUAUAUAUAUAUAUAUUUUUUUGGCCUUUAUUUUAGCAAGGAGACCCAUUGAGACCAAGCCCUGCAUGAGCACAAUUCAUAAAAUGUACAACAUUCAUUAACAACUUGAACUGCCCUAGAUGCACCAGAGCAUCAAAGUGCAGAAAGAUUGACCUAAUUCUGUAGUGAUCAACGGAACCUCUAGAGUUAGCCAUCCCUGCGAUUGGGUCUGGUGACACGUACGCUACCGUUCAAAAGUUUGGGGUCACUUAGAAAUGUCCUUGUUUUUGAAAGAAAAUCAAUUUUUUUGUCCAUUAAAAUAACAUCAAAUUGAUCAGAAAUACAGUGUAGACAUUGUUAAUGUUGUAAAUGGCUAUUGUAGCUGGAAACGGCUGAUUUUUAAUGGAAUAUCUACGUAGGCGUACAGAGGCCCAUUAUCAGCAACCGUUAGUCCUGUGUUCCAAUGGCACGUUGUGUUUGCUAAUCCAAGUUUAUCAUUUUAAAAGGCUAAUUGAUCAAAACCCUUUUGCAAUUAUGUUAGCACAGCUGAAAACUCAGCAAUUGUGGGUUCGAUUACAGGCUCAAAAUGGCCAGAAACAAAUAACUUUCUUCUAAAACUCGUCAGUCUAUACUUGUUCUGAGAAAUGAAGGCUAUUCCAUGCAAGAAAUUGCCAAGAAACUGAAGGUCUCGUACAAUUCUGUGUACUACUCCCUUCACAGAACAGCACAAACUGGCUCUAACCAAAAUAGAAAGAGGAGUGGGAGGCCCCGGUGCACAACUGAGCAAGAGGACAAAUACAUUAGAGUGUCUAGUUUGAGAAACAGACGCCUAGAUGGGCAGUCUGAGAUUUGGCUUUUUCUUUGCAACUCUGCCUAGAAGGUCAGCAUCCCGGAGUCGCCUCUUCACUGUUGACGUUGAGACUGGUGUCAUCUGCAUACAGGUGUAUGUAAAAAAAAAAUGCAGAAAGACAAAUAUUGUUUACAUAGACAGUAAAAAGUACAAGACCUCAAAUCGACCCCUGCGGAACACCUUUCGUAAUGUCAAGGAAACCUGACUUAACACCAUCAGAAGAAACCCAUUGUGUCCUGUCUAUCAGGUAAUUUUCAAACCAAUUGCAGGCUGCCUGACCCAGGCCAAUUUCAGACAGUCUAAGAAUGAAUAAUGGACGGUCAACAGUGUCGAAAGCCUUCGACAGGUCUAUAAAAAGGGCAGCACAAUGCCGCCUUUUGUCAAUGCUAUUUACAAUGUCAUUUAUUACCAAAGAAGCAGCAGAUAUACAUAGUGCUAUGACCUGGCCUGAAACCAGACUGAUGGACACUUAGAUAUUUUCUAGCUUCAAAAUGUAUUCAAAGUUCUGAGUGUUGAUUAAAGAUUCAACGAAUUUUGCCAGGCAAGACAGUUUAGACAUCGGGCGAUAAUUAUUAAUGCCAGAGGGGGUCAUAAUAAAACUGCGAGAUUCAUGAAAUAUUGAUUUCAUUCCUGUUUACUCUUGACACACACAGGCGUCUUUAGGUCCUUAAAAAGCGCUUUAUAAAACCCUUCUAUUAUUAUUAUUUUACAGGCGAGAACACGUAUAAGUGCUUGUCCUGCCCCUUCUCCUCAAUGACUAUCAGCCAGCUGAAGGAGCACUCUCUGAGGGACCAUGGGCAGGCCCUGACCCUCCCCAAGCUGCGUGCUGGCGCUACCACCCACACCCAGGUUCCACAGGCCGGCCACGACCCCCAGAUCAGGCCCUUCAGGCUGGGCUCAGAUCCUCACCAGACACCCCUGACCUCUGACCUUGACGGUAAGAGCUCCAUCUGUAGCAUUUAACAGAUUGGGGGACUUUUAUUGAUCUUAGAGUUUUUGGUUUGAUUUAUUUAUUAUUUAUUUAUUAUUUAUUUACCAGGAAAGUCACAUUGAGAUUGACAUCUAUUUUUCAAAUGAGCCCUAAUUUAUCAUUUAUUCGCUGAUAUGCAGUUUAGGAGCUGUUGACACAAAUACACAUUUUCAAUUACUACCAGUACAAGGCUUGUUCAUUUGAAGGCUGGAGAGCAUCAGAACUCAGCAGGGCAGCCCAUUUCACCGCUUUCGGAAACAUUGUGAUAGGAGUAAAAGCAUGGUCUUCCUCUGAAAUCACAGGAUUCACGUUGUUAGACCUGAUCAAACAGCAUCUAUCUUUCUGAUUGUACCCAUGACUGGUUCGCAGAAGGUGUUAAACUAGCGUGUCAGGUGCCUGACUCUCCAUGUGUCCAACCGACCGUCCGCUCUGUUCUAGAAUGUUCUUGGCAGCUGUCAUCUGCUGCUGGCACAAUGGAAUUUUCCCUCUAGGUGGAAGUGGAACACAGAACAUGGAACACAUUAAGAGCAGAGCAGAGAAGCAUUAUGGAAUGCAACCGCCAUGUCACCGUUGGCUACAGCAGACAAAUGAAGCAUUGAGGAGGACCAGAGCAUAUCAAAUAUCUCUCUCUCUCUCACUCUCUUAAUCUUUGUGGCUUGGUAACAUGGUAAAGCUGGUGGAUUGCUUGCUAACCUUUUAAUUAGGUGUAGAGUUUUAAGCUAUGAACGAUCUUGUCUGUUGCUUGACUGUAUGUGAUCGUAGUGAUACUAGUGUAAAUUGAUUUUUAAGAUGACGAGCUAUCGUGCCAGGUUUCGGAUUUCCCCCCCAAAAUUCUGGUUUUCCCACACUUUCUUUUCACACUUUUUUAAAUAGAAAAACAACCAAAUUGGGGACGACUUUUGAGGUCUGGGAAAAAUCUAAGAAACUUCCAUUUUUGAGUCUAGUUGCCCUUUAAUUCAGUGCUCAUGCCCUGCACUGUUGUGUGGUUAGCGGUGUUUCUGUAGUGCAGUAAGCACACAUGUGAUGAGUUUGCAAAUCAAAUGUCCACUUGUGGUGCCACUGGACUGUGAAAAACUAGUAAAUGUACCUUUAUUUAUUGUAAUUUAAAUUAGUUUGUAGUAGUUAAGUGUUGAGUUAGAUUACAUAGCUACCUCAAUCGUUAUUUCAAAUCAUUUUGGUGACUUCACAGCAAUCGCUGUCAAGUGUCAAUGUGCAGCGGUAGGACGGAGUCAGGCGCAGGACACAGAACUGAGUAAAUGACGUACUUUACUCGAUCCGGGUGGAGACGGUGAAAUUCCUGCAGUAAGGGUCCAGGAUGUCCUCCAUCGGAACCCAGCAUCUCUCCUCCGGACCGUACCCCUCCCACUCCACGAGGUACUGAAGGCCCCUCGCCCGACGCCUUGAGUCCAUGAUGGCUCGUACAGUAUACGCCGGACCCCCUCGAUGUCCAGAGGGGGCGGAGGAACCUCCCGCACCUCAGACUGCUGGAGCGGACCUGUCACCACCAGCCUGAGGAGAGACACGGAACGAGGGGUUAACACGGUAAUCGGGGGGAGGUGUAACCUAUAGCAUACCUCGUUCAGUCUCCUCAGGACUUUAAAUGGCCCCACAAACCGCGGACCCAGCUUCCGGCAGGGCAGGCGAAGGGGCAGGUUUCGGGUCGAGAGCCAGACCCGGGUCCCCCGGUGUAUCACUGAGGUAGCGGUCGGCGCUCGCCUUCUGUCGCCUGAUGGCCCGUUGCAGGCGCACAUGGGCAGCGUCCCAUGUCUCCUCCAAGCGCCGAAACCAUUCAUCCACCGCAGGUGCCUCGAUCUGGCUCUGAUGCCACAGUGCCAGGACCGGCUGAUAACCUAGUACACACUGAAACGGAGACAUGUUAGUGGAGGAGUGGCGGAGGGAGUUUUGGGCCAUCUCUGCCCAGGGGAUGAAAGCCGCCCACUCCCCCGGCCGGUCCUGGCAAUAGGACCGCAGAAACCUACCCACAUCCUGGUUAACUCUCUCCCCCUGCCCAUUACUCUCGGGGUGAAAACCUGAGGUCAGGCUGACGAGACCCCCAGACGUUCCAUGAACGCCCUCCAGACCCUUGAUGUGAACUGGGGACCCCGAUCAGACACUAUAAUCUCAGGCACCCCGUAGUGCCGGAAGACGUGGAUAAACAGGGCCUCCGCAGUCUGUAGGGCUGUUGGGAUUCCGGGCAAAGGAAGGAGACGGCAGGCCUUCGAAAACCGAUCCACAACGACCAGGAUCGUGGUGUUACCUUGUGACGGAGGAAGAUCCGUCACGAAGUCCAUGUUAGGUGUGACCACGGCCGUUGUGGAACGGGUAGGGGUUGUAAUUUCCCUCUGGGCAGGUGUCUAGGUGCCUUGCACUGGGCGCACACCGAGCAGGAGGAAACAUAAACCCUCACGUCCUUAGCUAAAGUGGGCCACCAGUACUUCCCACCAAGACAGCGCACUGUCCGACCGAUGCCAGGAUGACCAGAGGAGGGUGACGUGUUGGCCCAACAGAUCAAUCGAUGUCCGCGUCAACCUCCCAUACCACCGUUGCCACCAGGCAAGAAGCCGGAAGUAUGGGAGUGGGAUCCGUGGACCGCUCCUCUGUGUCAUACAUCCGAGACAGUGCGUCUGCCUUAGCGUUCUGGGAACUUGGUCUGUAGGAUAGGGUGAAAACAAAACGGGUGAAAAACAUGGCCCACCUUGCCUGGCAAGGGUUCAGUCUCCUCGCCGCCCGGAUGUACUCCAGAUUGCGGUGGUCAGUCCAAAUGAAGAAAGGGUGUUUAGCCCCCUCAAGCCAAUGCCUCCACGCCUUCAGAGCCCUGACAACAGCUAACAGCUCCCGGUCCCCCACAUCAUAGUUUCGCUCCGCCGGGCUGAGCUUCUUCGAAAAGAAAAUACAGGGGCGGAGCUUUGGUGGCGUACCCGAGCGCUGAGACAGCACAGCUCCUAUCCCAGCCUCGGACGCGUCCACCUCUACUAUGAAUGCAAAGGAGGGUUCAGUAUGAGCCAGCACGGGAGCCGAGGUAAACAGAGCCUUCAGGUGACCAAAAGCCCUGUCCACCCCAGCUGACCACUGCAGUCGCACCGGUCCCCCCUUCAGCAAGGAGGUAAUGGGAGCCGCUACCUGAACAAAGCCCCGGGUAAACCUCCGGUAGUAGUUGGCAAACCCUAAGAACCGCUGCACCUCCUUUACCGUGGUUGUAGAUGGCCAAUUACGCAUGGCUGAAAUGCGGUCAUUCUCCAUCGCCACCCCUGACGCGGACAGGCGGUACCCUAGGAAGGAGACGGACUGUUGGAAGAACAGACAUUUCUCCAACAGUCGACCAAGCACCUUGCACACCAGGGACACAUGCUUGGCGUGUGUAGCGGAGUAUAUUAGAAUGUCAUCCAUAUACACCACUACACCCUGCCCGUGCAGGUCCCUGAAAAUCGCGUCUACGAAGGAUUGGAAGACUGAUGGAGCAUUCAUCAACCCGUACGGCAUGACGAGGUACUCAUAGUUCCCAGAGGUGGUACUAAAUGCCGUCUUCCACUCAUCCCCCUCCCGGAUACGCACCAGGUUGUAAGCGCACCUGAGAUCCAAUUUGGUGAAGUUGCGCGCCCCGUGCAAUGACUCUGUCACACUGGCUAUGAGAGGCAGUGGGUAACUGUACUUCACAGUGAUCUGAUUUAGACCUUGAUAGUCAAUGCACAGGCGUAAAGCUCCAUCCUUCUUCUUCACAAAAAAGAAACUCAAGGAGGCAGGUGAAGUGGAAGGCCGAAUGUAUCCCUGUCCCAGAGAUUCGGAGACAUAUGUUUCCAUAGCCGCCGUCUCCUCCUGAGACAGAGGAUACACGUGACUCCUGGGAAGUGCUGCACCUACCUGGAGAUUUAUCACACAAUCCUCCUGUCGAUGGGGUGGUAGUUGAGUCGCCUUCUUUUUACAGAAGGCGAGAGCCAAAUCGGCAUAUUCAGGGGGAAUGUGCAUAGUGGAGACCUGGUUUGGACUCUCCACCGUAGUUGCACCUAUGGAAACACCUACACACCUCCCUGAGCACUGACGUGACCAUCCCUUGAGAGCCCUCUGUUGCCACGAAAUAGUGGGGUCAUGAGAGGCCAACCAGGGAAGCCCCAACACCACACGAAACGCAGGAGAAUCGAUCAGGAAGAGACUUAAUUCUCUCCUCAUGACCCUCCUGCGUUUUCAUACAUAGUGGAGCUGUGACCUCCCUAAUCAGGCCCGACCCUAAAGGACGACUAUCUAAGGCAUGUACAGGGAAGGGCACAUCAACAGGAACAAUAGGGAUCCCUAAUCUACGUGCAAAUGAAUGGUCAAUAAAGUUCCCAGCUGCGCCUGAAUCUACUAGCGCCUUAUGCUGGGAAUGCGGGGAAAACUCUGGAAAUUCUAUGCAUACACACAUGUGCGCAACAGGGAGCUCUGGGUGAGUCGGGUGCCUACUCACCUGGGAUGAUCCACCAGUGCCCUGCCUGCUGCCUCGACUCCCUGGCGAACCUCCCCAGCACCGACCAGCAGUGUGCCCUCUGCGGCCACAGUUGGUGCAGGAAACGACCCCCCUCCGGUCACCCUUAGAGCAGCACCUCAGAGCUCCAUAGGGGUAGGGUCCGAGGUGCUGGGGGAUGGAAUGGACGGACCCUGACCCGGACGUCCGCGGUUGGCCAACAGGUUAUCCAGCUGUAUAGAUAAAUCCACCAGCUGGUCGAGGGUAAGGGUGGUGUCCCUGCAUGCCAGCUCCCGACGAACGUCCUCACGUAGACUACACCGGUAAUGGUCGAUCAGGGCCCUCUCAUUCCAUCCGCGCUGGCAGCCAAGGUCCUGAAGUCCAGUGCGAAGUCCUGUGCGCUCCUCUUCCCCUGUCUGAGGUGGAACAAGCGUUCUCCCGCUGCUCUCCCCUCAGGUGGAUGAUCGAAGACUGCCCGGAAGCGGCGGGUGAAAUCCUCAUAGCGAACCAACGCUGAGUCUAUUCCUCCCCAUUCGGCGUUGGCCCACUCAAGCGCUCUCCCAGGGCGGACACGCUCUCGUAUCCCGACGGAGCCGGGUGGAUGGUCGCCAGGUAGAGCUCCACCUGGAGCAGGAACCCCUGGCACCCAGCAGCCGUCCCAUCAUAUGCCCUCGGGAGCGAGAGCCGAAUCCCACUGGGGCCAGGUGACGGAGGGGUGGACAUCGGUGUGGGUUGAUCUGAAGUUGAUGGGGUUGUGGGAACACCCCCUCUCUCCCAUCGCUCCAUGGUCUGCAACAUGCGAUCCAUGGCUGUGCCAAGAUUCUGGAGCAUUGUCGCGUGCUGCUGGACGCGCUCCUCCACUGGUACCGGAGGACUGGAUGCACCUGCUGACUCCAUAUGUGGUGCGUGUUUCUAUCAAGUGUCAAUGUGCAGCGGUAGGACGGAGUCAGGCGCAGGACACAGAACUGAGUAAACAACGUACUUUACUCGAACAAAUAAACAACACUAAUUUCCACGCAGGGAAAACACACCAGCUCACAUAAGUCUCAGACACAAAACAAAGACUAAACAUGCACAAAACCAUGUGGGAACCAGAGGGUUAAAUAGGGAAAUUAUAUAAUGUAAUGGGAACCAGGUGUGUACAAUCAAGACAAAACAAAUGGAAAAAGAAACGUAGAUCGGUGGCAGCUAGAAAGCCGGUGACGACGACCGCCGAACGCCCCCCGAACAAGGAGAGGCACCAACUUCGGCGGAAGUCGUGACAAUCGCUAAAUAGCUAGCUAACGAAAUGUAUCUAGCAGGCUCAGCUACUGUAAAUAAAAAUCCCCCUAGACUCAGCCAUGUCUCAUAGUCAUGUCAUGGAAUCUGUAAAUGAAGAGGAAUAUAAUAACAUGAAUCGAAUGGAGUUUCCCAUCUCACCUUUUAGAGUAUUUCUGGCGCAGCACAGAAAUGUCAUUAUCCAUAUGGUGUGACAAAGGCAUUUCCUAACAGACCUACUAACUUUCUAAGAUUGGAACCAACAUGCAGUAGCUACCUCCAGCAUGCAGUGUCAAGAACCAUUCGUCCGCCAGCUCAGGAACAAGCUACACUGUUCACAGCCCUGUGUGAUGUUCAAUGAAAUUACAUUGCUGGACUUUUGGAAAUGUAUGUGUAUUGUUUUAAAAAUAAAAGGAAAUGUAUGGUUUAAACAUGUCUUUAAUGUUUAUUUGUUUUAGCUGUUAGUGAUAAUUCCCUAAGUGUUAAUACAUUUGUGUUUACAUCAUUAAGCCUUUAUGUAUGCGUUAAGAAUGACAAAAAGUGUCUGAAUUUAUAUACUUAAGAAGUGUUGGUCCCAUGUUUCAUGAACUGAAAUAAAAGAUCCCAGAAAUUUUCCAUACGCACAAAAAGCUUAUUUCUCUCAAAUUUGGUGCAAAAAUUUGUUUACAUCCCUGUUAGUGAGUAUUUCUCCUUUGCCAAUAUAAUCCAUCCACCUGACAGGUGUGGCAUACCAAUGAGCUGAUUAAACAGCAUGAUCAUCACACAGGUGCACCUUGUGCUGGGGACAAUAAAAGGCCACUCUAAAAUGUACAGUUGUGUCACACAGCACAAUGCCACAGAUGUCAAAAUAUUUAAGGGAGCGUGCAAUUGGCAUGCUGACUGCAGAAAUGUCCACCAGAGCUGUUGCCAGAGAAUUGAAUGUAUAUUUGGCAGUGAAAUCCUCAUAGUGAACCAACGCUGCGUCUAUUCCUCCCCUGCCCUAGGCAGAGUUGCAAAGAAAAAGUCCAGUGUUUGUGUUCUUUUGCCCAUCUUAAUCUUUUCUUUUUAUUCGCCAGUCUGAGAUAUGGCUGUUUCUUUGUUGUCAAUGUUGGCCUUAGAAUUCUAUGGUCACGCCCACUAUGGGAGUGACCUUACUGAGUAAAGUAUUUGUCAUAAUUUCCACUGGUCGUCUUUAUUUAACACAGCCACAAAGUAAUAAUUAUGGCCACAAUUUAUUUUCUUAAAAUGGAAUUUAAAACUUAACCUUAACUAAUGAAGGCCAAGUUUGAUGCGUUGGUCCACCAGACCUUCCACGCAUUUGGGCGGAAGGGUCUGGAAACGGGAUUAGGUGUAAUAUGACUAACAUGACUUCACUUUAGAGAGUGUGCCAUCCUUCAGCACAACAUGUCACCCUUUAUAAAGCACAUGUUUAUAUCAUAUUCGACAUCGAGGGUUAUGUCACAUUUGACAUUGGUGAUUAUGUCACACAGUAAUGAUACAUUUAUGAACCCUUUAUAAAGCAUGACAUACGGUUAUAGAUGCUUUGUAACACAUUUACGUAGUGCUUACGAAGGCUUUAUGAAACCUUUAUAAGCUGAACGUAAUUUAAAGCGGGACCCAAUUUUCUUUCCAAAGUAAGAAAGUAAGAAAUGCAUUUUAAAAAGUCAUACAACAGUCUUUCUGUGCUCGCUUCAUCUUGCCACUGUGCUGAAUGAAGUAUUUUUCACAUGCAGACAUCCUAUUACCGGCACUUGGUUUUAUUUAUUGAUGUGGUGUACUCUGGAAAUAGGACAAGUAGAUGAGGUUGCUCAUUGACAAUCACAGGCACAGUUCUGGGAUGAUACAGUAGAGCUGUGGUGGGGUUUGAAUUCCAUUCCAGAAUCCUCUGGAAUUCUAGAAGCAAAACCCAACACACUUCAGAUCCUCACACUUCUCAGAUUCUGUUCCUGGAAGUGUGUUAGGAAGUUACUGUAUCCUGGUUAAUGCUAAUAUUUCCUCAUGAUUAUCAUUCACCGUGUCUACACUUAGCCCUUCUCUGUAAUAUAUGAUAUGAGUAUUUACCAGACCCUUUUAUCCAAAGCGACUUACAGAACUGUCAAUAUUGACAGUGACACACUUCUCUCUCUCAGACGCUGGGUACCUGCAUGAGACGGCGGACGUGAGGCAGCAGCUCAGUCACUACCAGGUGGCGUCUCGUAGUCAUGUGACAUCCUCCAGCCCCACCGCCCGGCCCCAGGCUGCGACCUCUGACACCCGGCCGGACGGCAUCCUGACCUGUGAGUUCUGUGAGUUCAGCUCGGGAUAUAUGCAGAGCCUGAGACGCCACUACAGAGACCGACAUGGAGGCAAGAAGCUGUUCAAGUGCAAAGACUGCUCCUUCUUCACCUGUUCCAAGUAAGGAAAUGAAUGUUACUGUGACAACAUCUUUUUCAAUUUCAAUCACGUACUCUUUCUUCCUUCUCAAACCGCAUUGGAGGAGAGGAUCCAAGGUUCGUCGUUUCGGACCUUCUCCUCCAAAACAUUUUGAGAAAGUGGAGAGGAGAGUGGACGUGAGAAAUCAAGGAAAGACACAUUGAGAAAUAGCCUAUAUCUUCCUUUUCUUAUUUCGAUGACGGUUGGGUUGUUGUUUCUUCUUAUGUCCAUUCGGCCUCACUACAUCUAUUCUGUUCUUCUCAGGUCGACAUUCACCAUGCACGUGGAAGCAGGACACACCGUGGUUCCUGAGGAGGGUCCCAAAGACCUACGCUGUCCCCUCUGUCUCUACCACACCAAAUACAAGAGCAAUAUGAUCGACCACAUUGUCCUGCACAGGGGUAAGCCAAGCCAAAACCUGUGAUUACUUGUUUUAUGUGCUCAAAUUUUGUUAAGACAAUUCAGAGGGAAAUAACUGUUAGUGCCAGGCGGGAGGAUCUCAUUGAGUCCUCCUAAAAGUCAAAGCUGUACUAGUCUUGCAGUGCUAGAGAUCACACCGUAUUGUCGCACACCAAAGUGAUUAGCUAUACUUACGAAGUUACAACUUCACAGUUGGAGGUGCUGUGAUGCUGUUGACACAAUAGUAAUAUCUUUCUCUCUUCCCCCCUCCCUCCCUCCCUCUACCCUCUCCUUCCUUCCCCCAGAGGAGCGUGUGGUGCCCCUGGAAGUGUCUCGCUACAAGCUGUCUCGCCACCUGGCCGGCGUGGUGUUCCACUGCCACAAGUGUACCUUCACCUGCUCCAGCGACCAGAGCCUGCAGCUGCAUAUCACCAAGCACAAUGAGAUGAAACCCUACCAGUGCCAGCUGUGCUACUAUGACAGCAGGCAGCGCCACCAGCUGGAGACACAUCUCCGAGACGAGCACAAGGUAGGUCAGACUCAGAACUACAAGUCCUAGCAUGCACCCUGUCUGGCACAUAUGCUCCCCCUGUCCUCUUCCUGUCCAUAAACAUGUGUUGAUAUAUCAUAACCCUGUUUUUACUCUGGGAUACAUAACCCCCUACGGUCAGCUGUUUUAAUACAAUUGCCUGGAGAGCUUACAUUUGGUAGGAUGGGUCGGCUUUAAAAUAAAAUUAUCCAACAUUACCUACUUACUGUUUAAAGCAGGCAGUUUUCUAAGGAUGUCAUCCUGAGACAAUCAUGAGAUCGUAUCAACUUGUAUACAGUUCCGUUUUGGCACACCUUACCCUCAGAGAUGAAAACCCAAAAGGCUUGGAUACCUUGAUUGUAAAACAAUGGCUUCAAUUGGUCUUAGUGUAUUUAAUCAUACUCAGUGAUGUAGUGGGAAAAGAAAUCGCCAUUCACAGUGAAUAAAGUAACUCUUCCUAUACUUUCAAUGCAUUUUUACUCAAAAUGUGGGAAAACCCUUGCGCAAAAUAAAAAAAGGCACGUAAACUGCGUUUACCCUCCACUGCAACACUGCUCAUACUGAUAAAUCAAUUGAUUAAUUAAUCAAUCAAUCAUACCUCCCUUUUUUUGUUGAUCAGGUGAUCCGUAACUUUGAGUUGAUGGGGCGGGUCAACCUGGAUCAGCUGGAUGCUAUAAAGGAGAGGAACAGUAGUGCCGAGGAGGAAGAGGAGCGAGAGGAGGAUGGAUUAGGAGCGAUGGAGGAAGAGAUUGUGGAGGAUGAAGUGGAGAUGGAGGAGAGUAGAGAUGAAGAGCUAGAGCAGAAGAAGGAGGAGGAGAAAAGGAUUGAAGAGGAAGAGGCAGAAAAGCCAGCUCCAAAAGGUAAACAAGGAUCUUCAUCAUCAUUAUUGAUAUGACUAACAACUCAGUGGCCUUGUGGUUAGUGUCCGCCCUGAGAUUGGAUGGUUGUGAGUUCAAUCCCUGGCCGAGUCAUACCAAAGACUGUAGAAAUGGGACCUGAUGCGUCUCCGUUUGGAACUCAGCAUUAAGGAGAUAGAUUGGGGGUAAGGCCCUGCGAUAGACUAGCGUCCUGUCCAGGCGGUGUACUUGUACAUAAAGCUGCCUCACGCUACAGAAACAGGAGACAGGUUCCUGCCCUAUGAGCCAUUCCGGCUCGCAAAAGCCAAGGCUCGUGCAAGGCUACUUACUUACUACUAACAAUAUGACUAACAAUGCCAAAUCAAUCUCUGUCGGCUGUUACCGACAGGGUUGGGGUCAGUCCCAUUUUAAUGCAGUCAAUUCAGAGAGUAAACUGAAAUUCCGAUUCAGUUACUUCCUGAAUUUAAAUGGUAUUCACUCCAACCUUGUAAUCUGACAUGACUGGGUCUCUGCUGUAUCUGUCUGGGCUGAUGUCGUAUCAUGUGCCCCUCUCAUCAUGCUGAUCUCUGUCUGUUCCCCAGAUAUCCCAGUAGUUUCCCCCAGCAGCAGCAGUGUGACUGCCUCCAUUGAGAAGCGCUUCCCCUGUGAGUUCUGUGGUCGCUGCUUCACUAACAGCAUAGAGUGGGAACGACACGUCCUCCGACACGGCAUGUAAGUCUCUUUCUCUCUCUCUCUUCCUACCUCCAUCUCUCCUUCUUUCUCCAUCUCCCGUUCCCUCUCUCCCUCCAUAUCUUCCUAGAUCUCUGCCUCACACACAUACUUUCUCUCUCCCUCCCGAUCUCCCUCCCUACCUCUCCCUCUCUCUCUCUCCUUACCCCUCUUCCUCCCUUCCUCUUUCUUCUGCCUGUUUUCCCCCAAUAUGUUCCUGUGAUGAUGGACAUUGACCUUUCUCCCUCUCAUCGCAAUACAGGACUGUUACCAACAGCAGAACUGACACUAGCACUACCCCAGCAAUAGACGCAUCAGCCUCAGCUCUGCCUCCUAUUGGCUUGUCGACCAUUGUGACGAUGACGGACAGACGAGUGGACCUAUCUAGCAACGGCAUGGAGGUGGAGAGAGAAUAUGCCUCCGACCUAUCACAGAGUAGUAACAAUCUGAAUGAGGAAGACAACAAAGAAAUGCUUGAGACCAAAAAAUGA